GGGGUCCAGGGCCCUGAUUCCCGAUCCAACCAGUUUCUCCAAGGCGCACAAGUUGACGAAUUUUGGAAAUAAAAGACUGAGAAAUUGAGGGAGUGAGAGAGGGAGAGAGGGAGAGACCGAGAGAGGGAGAGAGGGAGGAGAAACCAAACUCUGCACAGGAGCAGACUCGCGGAGUCGGUCAUACUCCCGGAGCAGCCAGGUCGUUUGAGCAUUCCAAGGCUGGAACAUGGAAGAGGGACUCGGUUUCUAUUAAUCCACGUUGACAAGUGGACGCAACACGAGGGGUCAAGACUCGGUUCAGCAUUCAAGAGGACGGGAAGCACUGCGCUUUAAUCCGUGGGAGCCAAAAGAGUUGGGCAGCUGCAGCGUGUGCUUCCCGAAACACAAGAGGCGCCGCUCAACUCUAGAACGGUCUAUUGAGUCGGGGUCGAUGUCAUGAGAGCAAGUGCAACUGCCACCCAUGGGUACUCGUAGCACUGUCAUGGCCAUGGCCACGGUAGCACUGUACAGGUACUGGUAGCACUGGCACUGGUCGCAUUUCCCUUCACAGUACUCGAGUAGCGUUACAGCACCAGCACCAGCACCAGCGCCAGCAACAGCACCAGCAGAUACCAUAUGGCAGCCAAGUGUAGGGAUCGUCAGGAUGGUCUCUCACGAAAGAGCAGGCAUGAGAAGAUGCUCGUAUGGCGGCAUGGAUCAUGGGCUCUGAUGCGCCCUAGGUCCUGGCCUGGGUCAACACCCCGCCAUAGAAGCCCAGCAGACCAGGCGGAGUUCUGGAAGCUGUACUUGUAUCAGUAUUAAUAUCCAUCAGUAUGACGUGUAUGAGGUGGAUGGAACAGGGUCCUCCUACUCUCGCAUACUCGGAAAACUUCCAUUCAAAAAGAGGCUCUCCUGCUCUUGUUCUGGUGUAUUUCACACGGUCAUUGACUGACUGUUUCAAGUGCCAUAAACAGCAACCACAAGCGAACGCAAGUAAAGACAAGACAAACAUGCUCGUAUUCUAUCCGUGAACGCUGGUCAAGCCUUUUGGUGACGGUUACUGGAUACACUUCGUCUGUUGUCUCUUCGCCUAUUCACUCAUUCGCCUACGGCAUUCGUUUAUUCGUCUAUUGAUUCUAUCCAUACAGCUGCACAAGUUCUGGUUUCAAUCUGGUUUGGUGGUGUAGAAGAGUGGACAAAGAAACGUCGUUCACCCCUUCUUUCCCCCUCAUCCUAAGGAGCCCAGUCCAAGUCCACGAGGACCCCUCCCCCUCCCUCUCCCCUCGCUCUUGCCUUGCCCAUUAUCUUAUCGGAUCAAAAUUUAGCGAGAGCGAAACAUUACGACAUUCAUCUGGACUUGCGACAGUACGGAGCGUAUCCGACCGGGACAUUUACCACCAUCUAUCCAACCCACCACCUGGGCACUGCACUCACUCACGGCCACCCAUACCCCCUCUGCGCCAAUCCCAACCCCACGCGAGCUUGACCUCGCUCACUUCAGUCCAACCUUCUCCUCUCUUCCUGCCUCAACAUCGGCUCAUCUCUCUAAAAAAAACUUGCAAUCUGCAGACUCCAGUAUUCGCUGCACUUGCUGCCGAACCUAAACCCUAACCAUCCGACACCCCAGCCCAGCCAUACUGCAUAUCCCACCUGGUCAACGACAACCCUACACUACACUACACCAACCCAGCAAUACCCAACCUUCUGCCCUGCCCUACCCUGCACUGCGGGAUACCUAAGAACAAUUACUCCCUUACUGAAUUGCCAGAUUCAUCCAUCCAUCCACCAUGCCAGAUCGUCAUGAAGAAGAGCGGGUACGUAAAUCUCUGGUCCUUUCAACUCUAAUCAUUUUUGGAGGUUUAUGAGUACGGAGCUGGAACUUGAGCUACGUUGAGCUUCGCUGAUCCCACCGGUGCGACAGAGCGAAGAGGGCUCGGUUGGUCUGCCCGACCUAGGAGAUAGCAUCGAUGCCGCAACCUUUGAACAAAUUCUUGAGAUGGACGACGAUGAAGAUGAGCGCGAGUUCAGCAAGUCCAUUGUCUUUGGUUUCUUCGAGCAGGCCGAACAAACAUUCACUAAGAUGGAUGACGCAUUGUGAGUUGGGAUCCUUGGAUGAGAUGCGCGCGUAUGCGCAUGCGACACUUUGUACCCCGCUAUAUUUGGAAGAAAGAAAGUAACUAACGUCCUAUCCGUCGUAUAGGAAAGCCAAAGACCUCAAACAACUCUCCUCCCUUGGCCACUUCCUUAAAGGCUCCUCCGCCACCCUAGGCUUGACCAAAGUCAAAGACAGCUGCGAAAAGAUCCAACACUACGGGCAAAAGAAAGACGAAGCUGGUACCGAAGACGAGCCCGACGAAGAGAAAUGUCUAGAGCGCAUCAAAGAUUCCCUAGUCCAGGUUAAAGAAGAAUACGCCGAGGUCGAGAAGGUCUUGAGAAAAUUCUACGACUGAACCAUUCAUAAAUCUUUCUUCCCACAAGAAGUAUCGCUGCAUGCAUCAUGGGGCUCGGGUUUGUUGGGGGGAGGGAACGGUGUCGAUGGUGGAUGGAAAUGUCCUCUCGUCGGCAUGGAGAUGACGCAUGGAUAGAAGAAAUCUGGAGGUGCUUUUUCCUUGGGAUAUAGACACGCAUCUCACCCAUUCACGGAUCCCGCGCUGAGCCCUUUUUUCUGUUAUUUUCGUUUGCACUCACCUUCCGUCGCCGGCAUUGGGGAAUUCCCACUACCAUAAGAGCAUUGAUUUUCCCCUCUUCACAAACCACCACGGCUCCUCACAAUCAUAGGGCGUCUCGGUUGGGGCAUUUCUUUUUUUCGUCUUGCUAUUUUUUUUCCUCUGCUCGUUCGGCUUGGAUUCUUAGCAUGGUUCAGGUGUCUUUUUUCUCACCUCCUUUUUUUUUCUUCUUCAUUUUUCUGUCGGGGGUUCAUCGGGCGGGAGGCAGAUGGUGGGGUCUUUUUUCUCUCUUUUAUGGCGAUGCACGAUCAAAAAAAUGGUUUACUACUAGGUAAAUUUUACUCAUGGUCUACCUACGGAUUCUAUGGGUAAUUAUGGAAAUGGAAAUGAAUUGAAACGAAAAUGAAUUUGAAUCCGGAUGGAGUGAUGUGAU